AUGUUGAUCAAGAGUGGCCGUUUUACCGCGAGUGUAGUUUUUGUAGCGAUUCUUACGAAUGGAGCAUCAGCUUUUCCUCUCUAUCUACCCAAAUCAUGUCCAACAGCAGAAUGGAGCUCAACUGCAACUACUUUCGCCAAUAAAAGUGAGAUUCGCUCGCGUAUUGAAGGUAUAUUUAUUGAUAACAACAAUACCGUCUAUGUUAUCGAGAUCCACGAAAGUCAGAUUCUAAUAUGGCAUGAGGAUAGAAUUCGCCCGAUGAUAAUAAAAACAGUAACAGAUCUGUCGUCGAUUUCCACUGUCUUCAUUUUCAACCUUGAUGAAAUCUAUAUUAGUGGUGUUCAGGAGAGAGUUGUAAAGUGGAUGCCAAGCACAGAUGCUUAUGUUUAUGUUACGAACACUGGAACAGAAUGUGAUUAUGUUUUCAUCGACAUUGGCAACUUUUUAUACUGUUCAAUGCCAAUUCAGGGUAGGGUCGCGAAAAGAUGGUUAGACGGUGAGAUGGAGAUGAUGACUGUUGCCGGUACAGGCAAAAUUGGCUCAGCUCCGGAUGAACUCCAGCUCCCUAACGGCAUCUUUGUUGAUACGAAUUCCGAUCUAUAUGUGGCGGAUACUUUGAACAAGCGAAUCCAACGCUUUUCCCUCGAUGAUAGAAAUGGUGAAACAGUCGCUGGAAAAGGCUCAUCGGAUAUCACAAUUGUACUAAACCGGCCUCUUUCAAUUAUAUUGGAUUCUGACAAAUAUCUUUUCAUCUCGGACAAUGGAAAUAAUCGUAUUGUAGCAUCGGGUCCAAAUGGCUUUCGAUGUUUAAUCGGAUGUGACGGGCGUGGUCAACAGUCUCAUCAAUUACUAUUGCCAGUUCGAAUUACGUUUGAUAUUUAUAAAAAUAUGUUUGUUAUUAAUGACCGUGACCAAAUUCUAAAAUUUGAUUGGCAGAAAGAUUCUUGUAAGAAUGUUCCACUACUGAUCGCUGCUAACUAUUCAUCGAUACUAACACAAAACCAUACAAAAUUUUCACGCACCAUUUUCCAUCAAUCCGAGUAUCACUACGAAACCAUCGAAGUUCUUGUCGACGAGAAUGGCUUCUACAUUCUCACUGCGAACAGUAGUAUCGAUCUCUAUGGUCAACUCUAUAAACACUAUUUCGAUAUACUGAAUCCUGUACACAACUUAAUUGCCUGGCACGGCAAGUGUUGCAACAAAGAUCAGUUCAGAUUCACACUUGAACUUUUAACCGACACAAAAUACAUCCUGGUUGUGACAACAUACAAUCCAAAUAUGACAGGUCCAUUCUCCGUCACUGUGUUCGGUCCAAACACAGUUCAUCUUGAACGAACAGGCAUGGAACAAUUCGUCAAAUCGACCUACACAUCUGCACUGACACAAGACCAUGGAAAAUAUUUUCCUCCGUCUUGUCACACAACUCUUGGAAGCUAUUAUGAAGCAAUCCAAAUCAAUGUGAAUGAAAGCGGCUUAUAUACUAUUCUGACAAGCAUCGAAAACAUGGACAGAGGCAUGACAGUAUAUAUUUAUCGACAUGAUUUCUAUGCCCUCAUUCCAUAUGGGAAUUUAGUCCCACAAGACGAUAUUUGUGGCAUGGAUAAUCGAGCUCAUAUCGCAUUUAAGUUUCUAGCCGGCAUGCGAUAUGUGUUAGUUGUAUCAACAUGUACAUCAUUGGAGUUAGGAAGUUUCUCAGUUACAUUACUGGGUAGAAACAACGUCGAGCUGCGACAUAUCAACGUUUCUUCAGCUGCUCAUUCGCGAUAUUCAUCUGAACUAACAACAAACAGUCAACAGUAUGAUAAAGAUUGUAAUAAUGAAUACUAUUAUUAUCAAACGGUGCAGCUCAUCGCACCUGCUAGUGCAUACUAUGCUUUAUCAGCUGGUAAAAGUUCUAGCAUAGACAUACAUAUCUACCGAAAUCAUUUCGACCCACUAAAUCCAUAUAAAAAUAUAAUCGAAGUCAACAGACAGUCUUGUUCGUGGAGUACCGAGAUUAAACACACCGUUCACCUACAGUCCAGUAUCACAUAUGUAUUGCUUAUAAUAACUUCAAGUCGAUCGUUGGCAACAUCAUUUUCUAUCGAUAUCUAUGGCCCAACAAAUACUACUCUCGAGCAUUUCGUUGACAACUCUACUUAUUGUUAUGUUGGUGGUCCUUGUAAUACUCAAGUCAGAAGUAUCGGUCUCACUCUCGACGAUAUCUUACGCUUCGAAGUCAAACGACAUCGGUCAAUGCAUCAUCAAUCACUUCCCAUUAAAAUCGCUGGUGCUUUCACAGUCAUUAUGUUUAUUGCAGGUGUCGUCAACAGUGCUUGUUCCAUUUUGACUUUUCAAAAUGUGAAAUCACGAGCAGUUGGAUGUGGUCUGUAUCUUCUUGCAUCGUCAGUCACUUCUCUCCUGACGAUCACCAUGUCUACGAUCAAGUUUUGGUUCGUUGUUGUCACACACAUGGACAAGUCUAUUCGUCUAUCUGUCCUCGAAGGUGGUUGUAAGUCAAUUGAGUUUCUUCUGAAGUUGUUCUUCUACUGGGAUGCUUGGCUCAAUGCAUGCGUGGCAGUAGGACGAGGAAUGAAUGUUUACAAAGGAGUGAGUUUUGAUAAGGAAAAGAGUAAACGUUAUGCUCGAUGGAUCAUCUUCAUCUUACCGAUUAUGAUUGUGGGCACGAUUAUUCAUGAACCACUCUAUCGUCAUAUCUUCAAACGCAAAGUCACCCAUUCUCUACAAGAAACCUCGAAAGACAGUUACACUUGGUGCAUAACUUCAUAUCCUCAAUCAGUUGAAGACUAUAACAGAGCCAUCCUAUUCAUUCAUCUUCUUGGUCCAUUUUUUGCAAAUCUCUUGUCGUCAUUGUUCAUCAUCAUUGGAAGUGCUCGACGACGAGCAGAAGCUCAGAGGCAGCAAUCCUAUCGACAGCACAUUCGAGAACAAUGGGAUGAACACAAACAACUUGUUAUCAGUCCUAUGAUUCUGCUUCUUCUAUCAACACCACGCUUGAUUAUAUCUUUGCUAUCUGGAUGCAUGGAGGUGUCCCGUCAUACAUGGUUGUAUGUUUGUGGCUAUUUUAUUUCAUUCACACCAUCGAUACUUGUCUUCGUUGUAUUUGUUUUGCCUUCGAACUCAUCUAGAAAAAUCUUCAAAGAAACGUUCUUUCGCAUCUGUAAACGACAACGAUGA